UCGAAGCCAAACGUCGUGAGUGGUGGUUCGUUCGUCAGUAAACACGUGAAGAAUUUCCAAUUGGAAUUUCUGAAAAUUCGCCCUUUUUUUACGAAGAAAUAAGAAAACCAACGUUCACGUUUAACUGAAUUUCAUACCAAGAAGCAGCUGCAGUUGAAUCAUCAUCAUACAUCUGUAAUUAACAACUUAAGUUUUGCGUUCCUUUUUGCUAAAUUUCUUCAUUUGUUUAUUGUCGUCGUCGCCACACAAGCAAGACCUUAGCCACCAUGCCUUCCGAUGCGAAAAAACGCGAUGCACAGCGUAAGAAAGACGCCCGUAAUAAGAAAAUAACCUCCAUCUCAUCGGCCAAGAAAACAAAUGGUGUUACCAAUGGCAAUGAACCUCCCCGUGAAAUGACCGAGGAGGAGAUUUUGUGCGCCAAACUGGAAGAGGAGGCCCGCAUCUCGGCCGAAGCUAGAGCCUGUACCGGUUCUUUGGCUUCACAUGAGCGAUCGCGUGAUAUCAAGAUUGCCAACUUCUCCAUAACAUUCUUUGGUUGCGAAUUGUUGCAAGACACCAUGUUGGAGUUGAAUUGUGGUCGUCGUUAUGGUGUCAUCGGUCUGAAUGGUUGUGGUAAAUCAUCGUUAUUGGCUGUGUUGGGUAAUCGUGAGGUGCCCAUUCCCGAACACAUGGAUAUUUUCUAUUUGUCCCGUGAAAUUCCUGCCAGCUCGAAGACAGCUCUGCAAUGUGUCAUGGAGGUGGAUGAGGAGCGUAUAAAAUUGGAGAAAUUGGCAGAGGAAUUGGCCAUGAGUGAGGAUGAUAGUGAUCAGGAACAAUUGAUUGAUAUCUAUGAGCGUUUGGAUGAUAUGUCGGCUGAUUUGGCUGAGGUAAAGGCAGCUCGCAUUUUGCAUGGUUUAGGUUUUGACAAGAAUAUGCAACAGAAACAGGCCAAAGAUUUUUCUGGUGGUUGGCGUAUGCGCAUUGCCUUGGCCCGUGCUCUUUUCGUUAAACCCCAUUUGUUGUUGCUUGAUGAACCUACCAAUCACUUGGAUUUGGAUGCCUGUGUCUGGUUGGAGGAAGAAUUAAAGACCUACAAACGUAUUCUCGUGCUAAUAUCGCAUUCCCAGGAUUUCCUCAACGGUGUGUGUACAAAUAUCAUACACAUGACUCAGAAACGUCUUAAAUACUAUUCCGGCAACUACGAGGCAUUUGUGCGAACCCGCAUGGAGCUGUUGGAGAAUCAAGCUAAGCAAUACAAUUGGGAACAGGAUCAAAUUGCCCAUAUGAAGAAUUAUAUAGCACGUUUCGGUCACGGUUCGGCAAAAUUGGCCAGACAGGCCCAGUCCAAGGAGAAGACAUUGGCCAAAAUGGUGGCCCAAGGUCUUACCGAAAAAGUCACCGACGAUAAAGUAUUGAACUUUUAUUUCCCCUCUUGCGGUACUAUACCACCACCCGUGAUUAUGGUGCAAAAUGUUAGCUUCCGUUACAAUGAAAACACUCCUUGGAUCUAUAAGAAUCUGGAAUUUGGUAUAGAUUUGGAUACACGUCUGGCUUUGGUGGGUCCCAAUGGUGCUGGCAAAUCUACCCUGCUGAAAUUGCUUUAUGGUGAUUUGGUGCCCACUACUGGUAUGAUACGCAAAAACUCCCAUUUACGCAUAGCCCGUUACCAUCAGCAUUUGCAUGAACUUUUGGAUUUGGAUGCCAGCCCCUUGGAGUAUAUGAUGCGUGCCUUCCCCGAGGUCAAAGAGAAAGAAGAAAUGCGCAAAAUUAUAGGCAGAUAUGGCCUAACAGGACGCCAACAGGUGUGUCCCAUUAGACAAUUGUCCGAUGGCCAGCGCUGCAGAGUAGUGUUUGCCUGGCUGGCUUGGCAAGUGCCCCAUUUGCUGCUACUCGAUGAACCUACCAAUCAUUUGGACAUGGAGACCAUUGAUGCCUUGGCUGAUGCCAUCAAUGACUUCGAUGGUGGUAUGGUGUUAGUUUCUCACGAUUUCAGAUUGAUUAAUCAGGUGGCCGAGGAAAUUUGGAUUUGUGAAAAUGAAACCGUUACCAAAUGGAAGGGCAACAUCUUGGACUAUAAGGAUACCUUAAAGAAGAAGGUCGUUAGCGAUAAUGAAAACAAAAGCAAAAAGAAAUAGAACUCUUACACUCACCUCCCCCUUCCCACAAACGGAAACCAGAGCUUAGCAGAAUGCAUUUCACAUUGCCGAUGAAUGUGUUAUGCGGAAUGGCAUGGUUUCUAUACUUUAAUGUAGGAUUUUGCUCUUAUUCUUAUCGUGAUCGAAUUUUUUUUUUAAUUUUUUACCUUAAAAAUAUUUUUUAUUUGGAACUUUUGAUUUGUGUAACCCCCUUUUAUUACCUUAUUAUAAAUAACAAACAGCAGCAACAACAACAACACUAAAAUAGAUAGUUUAUAAAAGGUGUUUAUUAUAUUAAAUUAAAGGAAAACAAAAAACAAGAAAAACCCAAGCAACAUUGUGAAAUGGAUAAAAGCAAAACUAAUUAUAAUAGUAAAUUAUCACUUAAAAUAUAUUAAAAAAAAACAACAACAAAUUAUGUACUGCAUAUAAAUAAUAUAGAAAUUAAAAACAAAAAAAUCUUCAAAUUUAUAGAAACGACAUGACGUUUAACAAAUCUACACAAAAAAUUCAAUGUGAUUUUUUUUUAUGUUAAAACUACUCCAGCAACCACAACAUUAAGUUAUUACAAAAACAACAUUACAAACUCAUAUCCCAACAACAACUACAGCAAAAAUAUAUAUUAAUCAAUUGCUUACGAAAAAAUAA